AUGGAUGAACCACCUUCACGGUUGCUAAAGUCAAGGAUUCCAAGAAAGACCAUCCUGUACCCAUUCAGAUAUAGCAGCAAAUAUAACAUUAAUGACCCUCAUUGUCCUCUUCGAAAGGGAAUCAUUUGUUAUCACCGGCACGGCACGAUAUUCGAGCACAACAUCCAUUCCUCUGGAAAACAUGAGCCACGAAUCAUUGUCCCGAGUUAUACGUCGUGGAGUUUAAGGAACAUGUCCUUCGUCCCCGUCAAAGGCAAUCGGAUCCUACUACUCGCAAAGUACUGGGACUGGGCCUUGAACUGGGAUAUCAAGUCAAGCUAUCUACACCUAUCAAUCCACGAAAUCCGCUCUGAUCUUCGUGUUGGUCCUGAGGCUCUGUGGUCUUUUAACGGUAGCGUUGAUGGUCGCUUCGAUAUUCGUCAUUUGGAGCUGAUAAAAUCCACCGAAAAUGAAUUGGGAAUUACUUUUUGGGUUCGAUUUGUCGACCAUUGGAAGCUGUUCAACAUAUCUACUUCUGAAACUGACACCUCGAAUAAUUUUCCUCUAAUUGAGUCGGGGAGAAUAGGUUUUGAUCCAAAGUUCAAGUUGUGGUCGCUAUACGAUGAGCCUCCCUUCAUACUAUCCCCUGACACGCGCAUUCUCCUAAACAUGGAUGUGGAAACCGGGCGAGACAACGAAACGAUUGACAUUCACUAUCUGGAUCUUGGUGCUGCAAACUUUUCCUUCGUCACCCGCAUGUCUAUUCCCUGUCUCGCAGUAAGAGAAGGUGGAGUUCAGAUACCAGAACUUGCAUUUUCCGCCGAUGGGUCCAAGUUUGCCAUGGGUAUGCCUCUUGACGGAGUGUCUGUUUGGAACAUCCGAAGCAAAGUUCCUUUGUGGACAUUCACGGAACCCCCCCAGCCCAAGGCCAUUCGCCAGCAUCUACGAUAUCCUCAAUUUAGCAGUGGAAAUUUAGGAAAAAAAAUUCUGGUAUUUGUAGAGUGGUCUGAAUCCUUAGCACGAUAG